UUCUUAGAAGCCUCUCCUCCCUCCUUUUUUUAGCUUUAAAUACCCUCUCUCUCUCUACUAAUUAUCUCCUCUCACUCCACACUCCAACCAUCUCCUUCUCAAUUCCAGAGAGAGAAACACACACAUACUUUGUGACGGCAAUGGCGUCGGCGGCGGCGAGAGUAGAUCUGGACGGAAAACCGAUCACCGGAAUCACGAUAUGCAUGAUCGGCGCCGGCGGAUUCAUCGGAUCUCAUCUCUGCGAGAAGCUCAUGUCGGAGACAUCGCACAAAGUGUUGGCUGUAGAUGUGUAUAACGAUAAGAUCAAGCACUUGCUCGAACCUGAUAGUUUGCCUUGGAACGGUCGCAUUCAGUUUCAUCGCAUCAAUAUUAAGAACGAUUCUCGCCUUGAAGGUCUCAUUAAGAUGGCGGAUCUGACUAUAAAUCUUGCAGCAAUUUGUACUCCAGCAGACUACAAUACACGCCCUCUUGAUACAAUCUACAGCAACUUUAUUGAUGCUCUGCCUGUGGUGAAGUACUGUUCAGAGAACAAUAAGCGUCUUAUUCACUUCUCCACCUGUGAAGUUUAUGGAAAAACAAUUGGUAGUUAUCUUCCCAAAGACAGUCCUUUGCGCCAGGAUCCUGCCUAUUACAUUCUGAAAGAGGAUGAAUCCCCUUGCAUCUUUGGCUCAAUUGAGAAACAGAGGUGGUCCUAUGCAUGUGCUAAGCAACUGAUUGAGAGGCUAAUCUAUGCUGAGGGUGCUGAAAAUGGUCUUGAAUUCACUAUUGUAAGACCUUUCAACUGGAUUGGUCCUAGGAUGGAUUUCAUUCCCGGGAUUGAUGGUCCCAGUGAGGGUGUCCCCAGAGUUCUCGCCUGCUUUAGUAAUAAUCUUCUGCGACGCGAGCCACUUAAGCUUGUAGAUGGUGGCGAAUCACAGCGAACGUUCAUUUACAUCAAGGAUGCCAUUGAAGCAGUCAUGUUGAUGAUUGAAAAUCCUGCUAGGGCUAAUGGUCAUAUUUUCAAUGUUGGGAACCCUAACAAUGAAGUUACUGUCAGGCAGCUUGCUGAAAUGAUGACCAAGGUGUAUUCUAAGGUAAGUGGAGAACCGUCUAUAGAUAGUCCAACCAUCGAUGUAAGCUCUAAAGAAUUUUAUGGUGAAGGGUACGAUGACAGUGAUAAGAGAAUUCCAGACAUGACAAUCAUUAACAAGCAACUUGGUUGGAACCCUAAGACAUCACUAUGGGAUUUGCUUGAAUCCACUCUUACCUACCAACACAGGACGUAUGCUGAAGCUAUUAAGCAAGCGAUUGCUAAACCAAUUGCAAGUUAAAGGGAAGAAAUGUAGUACUUGUUUGCUCGUAAAAACAGUUCUAUGAUGUCUGCUGCUCUCGGGUGUUUAAAUUCUUUGCAAGGGACCUGAAAUAUAUCAAUAUGGUUAAUUCAUGUAUAAUCUGCAGUACUUUUGGUCUUGCCCAUGUUCAUUAGUUAAUAGGCACAGUUGAUGAGAAAUUUGUACCAGUAUUGUUUGAAUAGCUUGGUAAGGAACUGCCAUAAGCCUUAUUGUGCUGCUGUAAGGUUGAAUCUUAGUCUUCGGCAAUACAUUUUCAUAGGACAUAUUAUAAGUAAAGCCCCAUUGCUGCUCAGGGUUAAUGUUUUUUAGUUCCCCCCUGUUCUCCAACAAGGAGUGUUGUAUUAUUUUCAUUCUUGCACCAAAACUACUUUAAUUUUAUAUAUCAAUUACAUAAUUUAUAUC